UAAAGAGAAUGGAGGAGCUGUAUGGGAAACCUAUAUAAACCUGACUAAUGUUAAAAGCUGAUACUCUUUCCCUCUACAGUAAUUCCCUCUGAACGUCCUGCUGUGCACUGAAAGCUGUUGAAGUUGAGGAGAUUCUUCAAAAGGCAGCAAGUUUACUGUCAGCUGUCUCGUCUUCUGUGUUGGGUGCAGACCUUCUGCUUCCUACAAAGGAACUCUAAAAAAAGAGCACAAGACAACUGCUUCUCAAACUGAGACCCUUAACACUUAAGGUACCUCUAUUAAAGGCAGCAACACCCCCACCUGCCACCCACAGGCGUCUUCACCUUCACAGAGGUUGCCACAAAGAGACUGGCAAGAUGUCUGAGAAAAAGAUGUCGUCCAGCCGCAGGCAACAUCUGAAGAGCUUGUUGCUUCAGAUCGCUCAUGGGCUUUUGGAGGAAGAGGCAGAUGAGGCUGAGAAGGAAAAACAGAGAUACAUGGAGGAGAACUGCCCUGAUCUCUCACUGCCUGGACGUAUGCAGGAACUACAGGAUCUGUGUAGGAAGUUGCACCAGCAGAUUGAUGUUGUUGAUGAACAGAGAUAUGAUAUGGAGAGCAAAGUGGCCAAGUCAAACAAGGAGAUUGAGGACCUGAAAAUAAAGAUUCAGGACCUAAAAGGUAAAUUCAAGAAACCCGUUCUUAAGAAAGUACGUAUGUCUGCUGAUGCCAUGCUGCAAGCCCUGCUGGGCUCCAAACACAAAGUGUCCCUGGACCUGAGAGCCAACCUCAAACAGGUCAAGAAGGAGGUCAAGGAGGAGGAGAAGGAUGCAGUGGGAGACUGGCGUAAGAACAUUGAGGACAAGGCUGGUAUGGAUGGCAGGAAGAAGAUGUUUGAGUCUGAGGCCUAAAUCAGUUUUUCUUAAAUAAAUUAACGUUUCCAUAAAAUGA